GCAGAAUUUGACAACUUAUCUAGACCUUUAUUACACAUGGACAUAUGGGAUAUCGUCGAAGCUACCAACUCACCUUUGUCCAUUUUCUGUUAACAUUGUGUGUUCUUCAAAUUCACUCGCUGCCCUCGUGAACGAGACUUUCACAACACGACAAAGAUGGCAGAGCCACCAUCUCCAGCAGUCGAGGAGGCCAAAGAAAGGCCAGGUGCAUCGUGGAAAAAGGCCGACUCGGAGGAGCACGUCAUCCCCAAAAAUCGUCUGGGGAUUUUGUUUAUUGGCUGUAUGGGUACAAUUUUCUUGGUAGCCAUAGAUCAAACUGUCGUUGCCACCGCCCUGCCCACAAUUGUAGCUGAUCUGGGGGGAGGUAAGAACUAUAGUUGGGUGGGGAGUGCUUACAUGCUGGCGUGCUCCUCUUUGAGCCCGCUAUAUGGGAAACUGUCCGACAUUUUAGGCCGUAAACCCAUACUAUAUGGAUGCAUCCUCGUAUUUUUGAUGGGUUCAGCGCUGUGUGGUGCAGCUCAGAAUAUGACAUGGUUGAUUGUCUCUCGUGUCGUACAGGGAGUUGGCGGCGGCGGCAUCUUCCAACUCGUACAGAUCACCAUAUCCGACAUCGUUCCAUUGCAAGAGCGAGGCAAGUAUACUGGUCUCAUUGGUGCCACUUGGGGCACAGCAAGUGUGAUUGGACCAUUAAUCGGUGGUCUUUUCACUGAUCAUGUAUCUUGGAGGUGGUGCUUCUGGAUCAAUUUACCAACUGGCGGCUUAGCUGGCGCACUUUUAUUCUUUUUCUUAAAUCUGAAUCCGCACCAAGGAAGGCCGUUCCGCGACCAUGUCCGAGAAUUCGAUUUCGUUGGACUGUUUGUGAUCGUUACAGGGGUUAUUUGUCUCCUCAUUGGUAUCAACCCGACCGAAACGACGUGGAAAAACCCACAAACCAUUGCACUCCUUGCUGUGGGAGGUACACUGCUCAUCAUCGGUGGGAUCAAUGAGAUUUAUACGAAGCGGUCGCCCAUCAUUCCUCCUCGUCUUUUCCAGACACGUACGACGGGCUUUGCAUUAGUUUCUGUCUUCAUACAUGCUAUGAUAUUCUUCGCAGGUUCUUACUACCUUCCAAUGUACUACCAAGUUCUUGGCGCAUCGGCAACGAGUUCUGGCGUCAAAAUGCUUCCUUACUCGUUAAGCUGUAGUCUCAUGUCAGCAGUUUCUGGAAUGGUUGUGACUCGCAUGGGAUCCUACCGCCCUGUCAUGUGGUUCGGAUGGAUUUCCAUGACGCUUGGUUGGGGCCUCAUGACCAUGCUGGAUAAUACGACCAAUGUUGCAGCACAGGAAAUCUACCCCCUUAUUACUUCCCUCGGUGUCGGUUGCUUGUUCCAGGCAGCCAUGCCUAUAAAGGAUAUGGCUACCAGUACAGGCACUUUUAUGUUCCUCCGAACUCUUGGGAGUACGGUAGGCAUGGCGAUGGGGGAAGCUGUUAUUUCCAGUGUCCUCCAGCAGAAACUGCAGGGCAUCCGAGGCCUCACAAUCGACACUUCUUCCACGGCUUCAAACGGUAACAUAAAGCGGAUCUCUUCCAUUUCUAACCCAAUAGUGCGCCACGAGGUCAUGCAUGCUUACGCGCGAUCUAUCAGCACGAUUUGGAUAGUCAGCACCCCACUAUCUGCAUUCGGUCUCUUUCUAGUUCUCUUCCUCCGUAGCUACACACUCAAACGUACGAUCAUCCGCGGCGACGAGGACAAGCUAGGAAACGCUGAGGCGGGUGCUGCGCAAGCGACAGUUGCAGGUGCAGACGACUUACCAGCCAUGAAGUUGGAGUGUUUGGGGAAGCAUCAAGCACCGGCCAGCUCUGAUAACGCCACUAGAUCAACAGACUCAUUGGACGAUAUUGGCAAGCAGGAUAUGAAAGCAUAGAAUGAGGGGGAAAAUUACCCUGUAUAUUAGGCACAGAGGUGAACGAAACCCAACCAUACUCCAUCGAUGGUCUGCAAUGAUACAUCCACUCACGUCACAAGUAUUCCAAUGCCAUCGUCGCUGGUGCGUCUUGGGCUGCGCAUGGCCAUGAUUUAUUCCAUCAAAUGUGACUCGCGGUUCGACGCAAUCGAUCCAUAUAACAUUCGAAAUAUAUU